AUGGGGAUCUUAACAAAUCCUGACAAGGAAAAAAUCAAGAGAGCAAUUCCAAAGACAAAUAACAAAAUCAUUGAUGCCACUGUCGCACGACUUUACAUUGCUUACCCUGAUCACACUCAAUGGAAAUACACUCAAUUGGUUGGAGCCAUUGCGUUGGUAGACGACCUUGUAGGGCAUACAUUCUUCCUCAAGCUCGUCGAUAUAAUUGGAAAUCAGGGUGUGGUGUGGGACCAAGAGCUCUAUGUUGAUUUUGAGUACCAUCAAGACCGUAAGUUCUUCCAUAGCUUUGAAAUGGAGGACUGCUUGGCUGGUCUCUUAUUUGAAGAUAGUAAUGAUGCCGUACAUUUCUAUAAGAGAGUUACUAGCCGUGCGAAGCAUGGAUCUAAGGCCACUGUAAACAACAAAAAUGCUUUGAAGUUAAGGGAAACAUCGAGGAACGAUUCUCCCAUGGCCCCUGGUCCGAGAGGUGAAUUCAUGGAUGUCAACACUGCUCAGCGUUCUAGGAGAAGCAAGGGUGUAUUGUAUUAUGACGGUGUACCACCACCAGAAUGGAGAUCUUUGUACUCAGAAUUGGCUGCUGCUGGUAUUACGGAGGAUAUGAUUGCGGAUAAUAGAGAGUUCAUCAAGGACUAUAUAAGUAAACAGGGCGGGCCAUUGGUUGGAUUGGAACCUCCAAUUCCUAGAAAGAUUCACGAUCAGCCCAUUGCUUCAGCCCCAACCCCAACAGAAAUUACUAUUCCCAAUUCAACAUCUAGAAAGAAGAACAAGGCUCCCCCACCACCGCCGCCUUCUGGUACUUCGUCCUCUUCACCAGCUCCCCAUACAACGAGAGAUUCGCUGCUUCCUCCAACACCACCACCAAACAGCGAAUCUCCUACCCCUGCUUCCACUUCUCCUGCACCGCCAGCACAUGCUGCACCUUCUGGCGCCUUUAAUUCUUCGUCGCCGCAUCCUGAAUCCUCGGCGUCGCCAGAUGAAUCGUCAGCUCCUCCAAAAGGAGCUCCAUUGAAAUUCAGAGUUCCGCCAAUGUCUGCAUUACCGCCGCAUAAAUCUGGUCCACCCCCUAUCGCACACCCUGCUCUGCAAGAACAGCCCCAACUGCCUAUAUAUAUGCAGGGUCCUCCUGUCCCUGGUAGAGGACCUGUACCACCACCUCCUCCAUCUAGAGGUCCAGUGCCUCCACCACCUCCAAGGAACAAUAAUGUAGUUCAGCCACCACCUCGAGUGCCCUUGCCUCCUGCCAGAACUGGAGGAGCGGCAGCAGCACCUCCACCUCCACCUCCACCUCCUAGAGCUGCGAGAGGUGGACCACCGCCACCUCCCCCAAGAGCAAGACAAGCGACUGGUCCGGCUCCUGUUCAACCUGUGUAUGGCCAACCACCGCAACUGCCACAUGUUACAAUGCCACCUACUUCACAACUACAAGCACAAAUUACACAACCCUAUAGUCCUCAAGCUCAAUUUACGAAUCCAAUAUCGAAUGGAUCGGUUCCACCACCUCCACCACCUCUCCCACCUAUGGGCGCUUCCAAUGCAUCAGCUCCUCCUCCUCCACCACCACCACUCCCUCCUAUGGGUGCUUCCAACGGUUCAGUUCCUCCUCCUCCACCACCUCUUCCUCCUAUUGGUGCGUCCAACGGUUCAGGUGCCCCUCCACCACCCCCUCUACCACCUAUGGGUACCUCCAGUGGCUCUGGUGCUCCACCACCUCCACCUCCACCGCCUCCUGCAAUGGGUGGAUCUCUGGAACCAUCAGCUGCAUUACCUUCCGUCGAUCCUUCCCGUGAUGCCCUCCUUGCAUCUAUUAGAGGGGCAGGGCUCGGCGCUCUCAAAAAGACAGAUAAGUCUAACUUGGAAAGACCAAACGUCUUACUUCAAGAAGCCAGAGGAGAGCCAGUGUCAAUUCCAGCCGCGGCAGCACCUCCUGCCGGCGGUCAACCUGCUAGUCUUGCUGAUGCAUUGGCAUUGGCAUUGAACAAGAGAAAAGAUAAGGUCGCAGGAAGUGAUGGCGAAGAUGACGAAGAUGAUUGGUAG